CAUACUUCCAGUGGCUGCCUAUCACAUGUGACAUCACUAUUCCCAGUGCCCGCGCGUUGACAUCAUCAAUUUCUCCUUCACACUGUGCCGUAUAAACGCACGCGAUCCCCCAGCGCAAGACGCCCCUCGUGACAAACGCCUUUGCCACGUCUUGCAGAUAUGGUUGCCAACCUUGAUUAACUGCGAAUUUCUGUGCUGCCAUCCCGAUAUUAGCUGCCAUCAUGCCCCUUCCCUUUGUUGGGCGCCUCCACCCAAUGGAGUACAUUGCGCUAUCCAUCUCAUUCGUCUUUGUCUUCCUCGAGUCUGUGAUUCGAGUCCUUACUCUUGCUUUGCGUUCGUUGCGCCGACAGCUACAAACCAACACUAGCUAACUCCAUUCCAGCGUCGUUCCUUGUUUCCUUCUUCUACGGCGUAUCCCGACGACUGUUUAACCGCUUUACAACUGUGGAAUCGAAAAAGGCAGCCGAUAAGAAGAAAUGUAAGUGGUCUAGAUUUCGCAUAUGGGCUAGUAGCUAAUAUGUAGCAGCCAUCUCAACUUCUGUUCGCGACGCCGCCGACUUUGUAGAGCUCUGUCGCCUCUGGGGCUACGAAGCCGAAGAACAUAUUGUCCAAACAAAAGAUGGAUAUUUACUGGGCCUGCAUCGCUUGCAGUGGAAGCGUGGCGAAGAGGGCCAAAAGGUCAACUGCGGCGGAAACAGUAUUAGAAAGCGUGUCGCGUACUUGCACCAUGGCCUGCUGAUGAAUUCCGAGGUUUGGGUCUGCCUCACUGACCAGCAGCGAUGCCUUGCAUUUGAGCUUGUAGAGCGCGGCUUUGAUGUCUGGUUUGGCAACAACCGCGGUAACAAGUACUCCAAAAAGUCGAUCCAUACUUCGCCAACCUCAGUCAAGUUUUGGGACUUUUCGAUUGACGAGUUUGCUUUUCAUGACAUUCCCGACAGUAUCUCCUAUAUUCUGGAGUCGACUCAACAAGAGAGCCUUUCCUAUGUUGGCUUUUCCCAGGGUACUGCGCAGGCCUUUGCCACCCUCGCCAUCCACCCCAAGCUCAACAACCAAGUCAAUGUCUUCAUCGGCUUGGCCCCUGCCAUGGCUCCCGCCGGUCUAUCGAACGGUGUAGUCGACGCCCUCAUGAAAGCUUCACCCUCAUUCCUCUACCUCAUGUUUGGUCGCCGGUCUAUUCUAUCCUCUGCUACCAUGUGGGAAACGAUUCUCUAUCCGCCUAUUUUCUGCCGUGUCAUCGACAUGGGCCUGAGCUUCCUCUUUAACUGGAAAACCAAGAACAUUGCCGCGAACCAAAAGCUUGCCGCCUACCCUCACCUCUACUCCUUCACCAGCACCAAGUCUGUUGUCCACUGGUUCCAAAUCAUCCGCAACAAAUGCUUCCAGCUGUACGAUGAUGACGUCCACCAGCCCAUGACAGUCGCCACCACGAAGAAGUUCUCCAAGGUAGCCAAGUACCCUACGCGCAACAUCCGCACACCCGUUGUAUUGGUUUACGGUGGCAGCGACUCGCUCGUGGAUAUCAAGGCUAUGCUCUCUGAGCUACCACGCCAGACUGUGGCCACAGAAAUCCCCCAUUACGAACACCUCGACUUCCUCUGGGCCCGCGAUGUUGACACCCAGGUUUUCCAGCACGUGUUCGAUGCUCUAGACAGCUUCACAGACGCCGAACAUACAGUUGAGGAAUAUGAUCGCUACUAUAUGGUCCGAAGCGAGUCACUCGUAGGUUCAGGCUACUCGCUGGCCCAAGCCCACCAGGGCAGCGAAUCGGAUGCGUCCACAGUCGCAACCGACGCCGGUUCAAAGCCACACAUUGCAAGAGAGCGGCUUCAGGACCACGUUCCUUUUUCCGGAUCAAUUACAGAAUCUCAAGAUGAAGCGAAACUUCGCGGCCAAGGCGUACGUCGGUCAGUUGCUUGGAGCGUCGAUGGAAAAGGUGGGAUUAACGUUCCCACCUCCAGCGCGCUGAGCGGCGUGACGAGUAGCGCAGUGGACAAGGCAGAGAUUGUAAAGGCAGAACUACCACCAUCACCACGGUCUCGAUCAAAAACGUCGAAGAACAAGAAGUAGUUCAAGUUUGAUCCCUCUAAUAGCAUGUUUUUGAAUACAAUCACCAUAUAAAUUAUCACGAAAUGCGUAGUAGUACUAGAAACACGGGAGAAAAAAAGAUCAUUCAUAUUAAUGUCGUUUAUUCAGCCAACCAAAUCUAUCAAUAGCCAUGCAAAUGCAAAUGCUUUUCAUCGUGCCCUGCUAGCCAGCAAGGGGUGUAAAAAAUGUGUAUACAGUGUGGGGGGUAUCUUGUUCAGUACAUCCUAGAGCCUUCGCUUGUUGCAAGACGAGGAGACAUGGAAAGAGUUCUACGAAAUAGUUGCAGCUUUAGAUAGAGACGUCUCCCAGUGGGAGAAUCUUGCUCUUGUCGUUCUGGAACUUGGUGCGGUACUCGACAAUGCCUUGGCUGAUCGUGUCAAAGUCUUUGACUUUACGGUUUCGGAAGUCAGUCAACAGUGCCUUGAGGCCUGCAAUGUAUUCUUCCUUCUCGCUUGCUGCGAGCCCUUCGUACGCGCCAAGCUGAAGCAGGAUUUGAUCAUCUGUGCAGAGAAGCGACGCCUCGUCAGCCCUUUGCACAAUGGCAGCUACUAGUUAGUUGGUCAGGGGGGAUUAGGGAGUAACCAUACCUGGAGCUUGCAGAGUUGUAAAGUGCUGAAAGUCACAUUCUGUACCGCGAGGACAGGGCCGCCCAGCGGUUUCAUCGGGGCACAUGGGAGUCUUUACGUCAAUCUUGUUACUAUAUGUCAGAGAGCGUAGCCCGGUCGUCACAUUACGCUGGUACUCGGGGUGGAAACGGUAUGCUCGAAAGUAGUGUAGGGGGGUCUCGUAUGGCGCGAAGCUUGACCCAGAUGGCAUCGACAGUGUCGGUUCCUCCUCCUAACCGAAUGUCAGCUCGUCACUUGGUGCUGUCGUGGGUAGCAUCUUCGUGUACUUCUCUCGCAGGUUCGGCGCUGUGGUCACGGCUUGCAGAUGGUAUUUGCCUAGACGAAAGAAUCGUCUCUGAUCCAGCCAAUGCCUCCGUGUCGCCACCAGCACCGUCGGUGUCAGCAUCAAUCAUCUCUGCUUGAGAAGACGUAUCCUCUGGCUCAAUUUCAUCAGAUUCUUUUACUAGCUGGUCGCUAGACUCCAUGUCCACGUCCGAGUCAGCAGAUACAGGAGCUGUAUCAUUGGCAUCUGUGGGUACGACCGAGUCACCGCCUCCUUCUUCAACAGCAUCAUCAUCGGGCUCACCGUCGUCCUCAUCAGACGAAGAUGAUUCUUCUGAUUCUUCGCUGCUGUCUUCAGCAGCCUCUGUGGUUGCCACUUCUUCUCCGGCAGCAUUGCCAGCAUUAGACACGAGUGUCUGCUGCUGGGGUACUUCUGUUUCAGACUUUGGCUCACGAGCGCUGUCUUGUUCCUCAUUUUCUUCGUCGUCGUCGUCGUCUUCUUCGUCGUCGUCGUCCUCUUCGUCUGCUUCGGCUUCAUCCUCACCAUCGUCAAUUUCCUUUUGCAACAAAGCAACUUGCGAUUGAAGAAGCUGAAGUCUCAGUUGUUUUUCCUUGCGAUGAGCUUCAGCGGCUGCAGCCUUCUCGCUGGUAGCUCGCUCCCGGCGAUCUAAGCUCUUAGGAGAAGAAUCCACUGAUUUCUUUGUCGUCAUCUGUGGAGACUUGAUGUCAGGAGUCGCAGAUGUUGAAGGGGCAGUUGAAUCAGUGGUUGAAUGCGGGGGUUGGUAGAGAUCAGACACUUCGUUUAGUAAGUCUCUAGCCUUCUUCCUCGCUUCAGCUUCAGCGAUUCGUUGUUUCAUGGCCUCAAUCUUCUUGUUCAUGCUCAACAGCUCUUCGUUAUCAGAUGGGGCUCCAUGGCCGCUUAACGGCGUUUGGGCUGAUGAUGAAAGCCCCUGAUUCGAGCGAUCACCAUCGACACGAUGACUAGGAUGGUCCAACAUAUCCUUCACCAUCUCCUCAUCUUCGUCCUCACUAACAUCAAUGAGGAGAGGACGGGAGGUCCUAUUUUCACCAAAGGGGCGCUUUGACGGUAACUUGCUGCUGUCUUCUUGUAUCGCAGAAGCGUGUCGCUUGCGGGUGUCGUCUUGUCUGUCCGAUUCUUGAUUCGACGCUUCUCCCUCAUAUUCAGAGGAUUUGUCAGUCUUGCCGCGAUCAUUCUGGAGAGCUUCUCGAGCCUUAAUGAGAGCUUCCAUUUUCUGUUGCAGCAACUUAGACUUCUCAGAAGACUUUGCCGAUUGGGCUUUUGGCGCGGUGGAUGGUGGUGGUGGUGGUGGUGGCUUCGUAUUACCAUCCUUCUUCUUCUCUGCAAGCAGCCUAGCGAUUCGGUCCUUGCGCGACUCUGCACCAUCCGUAUUCUGCUUGUCAUUUUUUGCUGGCGCCGGUUUUACCGUCUGGGCUAGUGUAGGCAUUUUCGGAGUAACAGUAGCUUUCGGUACAGCAGUAGCGGUGGGCGGUGCUGGUAUCUCAAUUCCAAGUUCUCUGAAAAGAGAGCUGAGGAUCUUGCUGUCUAUGCCUUCUUUGAUAAAGUCAACGUACGAAACGUUGGCAUGAUUGAGACGAAGAAUGGCGGUCUGUGCUUCUACCUUGGAUCCGUCAAACAUAGCCUUGGCUUUAGUGGUAGCAUCUUCAUGUAACUUUGCCGCACUUUGCAGCUUGGUUGGUGAAUUAUGGUUUGAAGGGGGUGUGUCAACUUCGCGAGAGGACAGAUACGGCGAGUAAGAGCCGGAACGGUCGCGCUCUCCUUCGUUGCCAUCAGCCGGUUGCUGGACAUUGGCUACUUGUUGCGUUUCACCAUCAUCAGUAUCGUACAGAUCCUCGAAAUCUUCACUAAUCUCGCCAUCUUCCAUGUCAAAGCUUGUGUCUGGCAUGACUGCUGCUGGGGCGGUCUGAUUAACAGCGGCGCCUUCGCUAGGCUGCCGCGACGUGCCAAGUGCUUGGGAAGCAGCCCUAGAGCCUGCGUCACUUAUUCCAGAGGCGCCAAAUGCAAGACCUGGGAUGCCUUGAUUUCGUUGCGGCGUACCACCUCUGGAUGGUGUCGCUUCGAGGCUAGAACCAGCGCGGCCUAAGCCAGGCAAGGACAUGGCGCGUUAUCGCGAAAGAUUAACAAAAGUCAUACAAAUAAGAUUUUCGGCCAAUAUUCUCUUCCACGCCGUAGCCGCGUCUUGGAAUAAGCGUCGGGCUGCGUGAUGGAUUGGCGCGAAAUGACACCAAAUGUCGUUGGUGAGACUCGCAAGGAGCUUC